UGCAAAAGUUGAAACAGAAGGAAACAACACAGCAAAAUACAUAAAAUAAGAAAAAAAUAUAUAUACUAAGACAAAAGCAAGAUUAAUAGCAAUUACAGAACAAAGAAAACAAAUAUGAGUACUGAAAAUGUGCUUUGUGACCUGGAGAAAGGUGGAAUAUUGAUUGUCCGUGAGUCCAAACAGAGUAAAAAGAGGUGCUGCAUAUGGACCAGCAUUUGUGCUGUCAUUCUUCUAGGUAUAGCAACUACUAUCCUAACGCUGUUACAUUUUGAAAUCAUUCCUCAGCGCAUAACUCUAAGCCAGGCUGGACAACUGAAAAUGUUUCAAAGUUCAUAUGCAGUUCGUCCUAAAGCUGAAGCUCUCCUCAAGCACUCACAGAUUGUAAAUUCAGCUUCAAAACCCGCAGCUCAUCUAGUAGUAGCUACAAAAGAUAAUGGGAACCUCCACUGGACAAAUGGAACUGAUCAUGCCUUCCUAAAGAAUGGAAUGAAGUUAGAAAACAACAAGCUUGUGGUUCCAUCCAGUGGACUUUAUUUUAUCUACACCCAGGUUGUCUUCAGAGAGAAAUGCAAUAAGCAUCCAAUAUAUUUUCAUCACAGUGUUAAACGCUUCUCUGCUCAAUAUCCUGCUGACAGGAAACUUCUGAGUGCCACCAAAUCAGUCUGCAGUGAUUCAUCUAGUAAGCAGACAUGGUUUCAGCCCAUCUACCAAGGUGCAGUAUUCGAUCUCAUCAAAGGGGAUGAGCUGUCCACUGACACUGAUCAUGUUGAAAGCGUUCUCACAGAUGCAGAGCACACCUUUUUUGGAGUAUUUGCUUUGUAAAACCUUUUUUGUUGCAAACACUCCUCAGAACUUGAAAAUAGCAAAACAGAUGACUAGUACAUGCCUGGUAGAUAAGCUAUUUAGCAGUCAGUAUAUUUAUUUUAUUUAUUAUUUAUCAUCCAGACUAAGCCAAGAGCUGUAGUGUCAUUUUGUAUUCACUACUUCCCUCAGGGUAUAUUUAAUGGAGAAACAAGUUACAGACAUCAGUAUAAAGUAUUAGUAAACUGUUAUUCACUGGGCUAGUUUGGACACCAGGUGUCUAAGAAGUCUGGAUAUUUGUUUGCUCAAAGAGCAAUUUAAGACAGAACCUUUAUGUAUUGGUUACUGAAAAUGCAGAAGAACUGAAGAAAUGUGUUCCAGGUAACAGUACAGUAGCAAAUAUUAAGUGUAUAAUGAGCAGUUGCUGGACAAGUGAAGUCUCAUUUCUGGAUGAUAAGAUGAGGUGUAAUGUUGAAAACAGCAGUAAAACUGCAUAUAAUAGAUUAUGUCUGUAAUGUGCAAAUGCUGGAGAAGUGAAGCAUCAUUUGCAGUGAUUAGUCGAGGUAGUUGUAAAACAGUUUAUACGAUGUUAAGUUUGUCAUGAAAAGAUGCUGAAGAAAUUAACUCUCAUUUCCAGGUGAUAUAUUAAGCUGCAGUGGAACAGAUACAGACUGUUGUACUUGAAAAAGACUAACACUGCAUUAUAUAAUAACUGGUCAGAUACCAAAUCUGUAAUUAUAAUGCUGGCAUUAUACACCAGACCAAAAAUGUCACACAUUGUGUUGUAUGCCAAAGAUGAUAAGUGGAGUGCUCAUUAUGUCCCAUUAUGGACUCAAACACAGAUACAUAAUAGAGGCCAAAGUAUUUUUCCAGUCAGAGAAAUCAAUUAUAUAGAUUAAGGCCAGGAAUUACAAUAUGGGGACCCAGGCAGAUGUGAUGAUCUCAAAGUGAAGAACUGUAUAGGAAAUACUACAUUGAUAAAGUCGGAGUGGAGAUCCCAUCAAUGUCUAAGGCGGGCAGGAGUGGUAUGAAGUUAAGAGAAAGUGGGAAACAUUUUCUAAAAUAAAAGAAGGCAGUACCGCCCAGGAGCCAAAACUGUUAACGAUAUAUAUAACACAAAACUAGACAUUGCAGACAGCAAGGUAUGCUGGGAAAAAAAGCUAAGGGAACCCACCUGGAACCUAACAAUUAACAGCUAUGUGAGCAGAUUCAGUAGGUAAAUAAGAUUUAAAUAACCAGGUAAAAACAGACAGUCACAUGGCUCAUGAAUACUCCCCUCUCUGAAUUCUGUCAGCUUCCCAGUUUGUCUAUCUUUAAGGGCUGAUGCAGAGAUAAAUGACUGAUUACAAUUAGUCCUUAGAUUUGUUAAUUUUAUGAAAGAGAAAAAAAAACAGAUAAUAUCAACAUAUAAAACAUAUUGUAUGCCAUGUGUCCUGAGACUCCAUUCAGCAGGUCUGGCUGUCAGUACUGCAAUUAAAGCAAAAAGCUACAAGCUGGCUUUGUCUUGAAGGCUAGGAUUUGAUUCCAUUAACCUUCUGUUGCAUUGUAUAUCCCUAUGAGCAUUUCAAUUAACAUGAAGAAAAUUGGCAAAGAUACCACUGAAAAAAGGCUGCCAAACAAGACUAAAUAAUAAAGUAACAAUUUGUGUGAUGCAUAAUAAGCAGAAGGAAUCUCUGCAAUGAAGCUUGAAAGCUUUUAAAUGGGAGCAAUGUUUCAAACAGAAUUUCAGUUUCGUGCUGUGUAUUAAAACCAACAGUUUGCACUGAUCCAUUUUGACAAAAAUGGGUAACUACUAUUUGUCUCUAGGUUUUGAGAUUUCAUAGAGUACAUAUAAAAUACACUCAAUUUUUAGGGUGGUAUAUUAUUGAAUAAUCUUUAUCAUAGAGUUUUAUUUUGUGAAAGAUCAAUAUUUUAUGUUAAA